CAUUUGCAAAAAAUAAUUUAAAAAUGCGUUAUCAGAGCUAUCCAAUCUUAAUAAGUAUAUAUCGACUCGUUGCCAUGGUAGCAAGGUUAUGCGCUUUGACAGCUCCUGAAAAUCUAAUUUAAGAUGACUUGUUAUUCAUUUUCUAGCUCAUGGAGACAGUUCAGCUCGCUUCCGCGAAUAAAGCGCAUAUCAAACAGUAUCAUUUACUUUUUUCAUGGCCAAUAUAUCUAUAGCGAUAUGCUCGAAGGCCCUUAAAAAUGCAAAUAACGGCACCGACUGUAUAUAGACUCAACAGUGCGGCAUCGAUCUAUACCGAAUGAUUUAUCCUCGAACUAGAGUUACUACGGUACUGUAACGAAAAUUUCAGCAUGAACUCACCAUCUCCCAACAAUUAUCAAUUAGUACAUACCAUCACAUAAAACGACACAAAAGCUAUUCGCGAUAAAAUUCGCUAUCUCCUAUCACUAAAUGAAUCUCUCUCGUGAGCAGUGCACAUAACCACGCGCCAAUUAAAGUCUUCGCGAUCGUUUACGUUUCGUUUCAAUAUAAGAUCCUUCCGCAAUGCGCAGCAGCAGCAUCGUUACGGACCAUGAAGUUGCAACUCGUUCAUCAUCAUCGCUAACCGUAAAAGCGCCUAUCCCGCGGAGGAAUUAGUAUCUAAUGCGUCUAUCAUGCGCGGGUUUUUCGCCCGCGCACACGUUACACGCGCAUGAGCCUUAACGGUAUCAACGCCGUGAGGACCAUCCAUAUCCUGCAAUCGAUCUCGAAGGGGGUUCGCGCGCGCGACAUUAAUUAUCGGCGCGCGUCGAGGAAAGAGAGAGAUGAUUUUGUACACUCGCCCUUCUACACUCGAGACGAGAGAUGAGAGAGAUGAGCGAGAGAGACGCAGAAGAAGAAGAGAAGCUGGGAGGGAGACUCUAACGGUUUCAGGUUUUACUUUUGUAAAAAAAGUCGCCGGACCCGUUAGCCCACGGUGGGCUACGUUCCACGGCGUGAAGCCUCUCUCGCUUUGCCGCCGCCAUGUGCUGCCGGCGGCACAGGUGGAGGUGCGCCUAUACUUUUAUAAACGCGCAUCGAGAGCGAGACAAGGAUAAACAUAGUUGCGCGUCUCGUCGACUUAGCAGGAUUAUCGCUCAGUCUUCCGCGCGCUGCUUAUCGUUAAUGUCUUUCCACGGAGAUGAGAUUUUUAGUGGCUCUAGGGACCUCACAUUUUAAUGUGUGCCGCCGGCGGGUGUCACGAGCGACACAUAUUCGAACGCUAUCGCGAUUUCUGAUCUGGUAAUGCUGGCUGGGUUACUGGUUUUGGUACGGUGCUUUUUUUUCGACCAGUCGAAUUGGGCCUUGAGGUAUAAUGAUAGAACGAGCGGAUCUCCGGAUUGAACGGGCCUUUUAAUGAUUCGAUCGGAGAUCAUAUAGUUUUUUCUGAGGGUGGUGCGCUGAUUGCGAGAUGACCGAUUUUGAGUCGUUUGUACUUAUGGAUUUGAUAAAUCAUAAGAACUUUGCUAUAUGUUUAUUAUCGAUAUUAAUUAAUGAAUAUAACUCGAAUACAAGGUUGUACAUAAAAUUUCCAAAUUAUGAAAAACUAUGAGUAAAAGGUUUUUCUAAAUUCGCAAUACACAAUGGGCUGAGAUAAUUUGCUCGUACGACACACAAGGUCAUCGACACAGCCGUACCGCCGAAAUUUUCAUCGAGAAAGUUUGUUUUUUUCUUCACGAGGUCAAUCGACGCUCUAAUAGGAAAACAAAACGUAAAGUUGAUACCGAGUCUCCGGCUUGCUAAUUCAUUGUCCCAAUACGUGCGCGGGGUUAAGCAGAUUUUGCAGGAACUUUAAUUAAAACCUAUUCGUCCCCACUUUGGCUAUUUUAAGGCCAGAAACGGUACACGGCUAAGAUGCGCGAGUAAAUACAAAUUACGCUCUGCCGUGUAUUUCAUCGAAUAAUAACGGAGCAUUCGCAUGUAAUAUUAAUUAUUGCACUAUACUUUCCAAUGCACUCGUAACAUCGCGGUCAGAUAUUCGAAAUUCGGGUCUUCCCGCUGUCAGCUGAGUCAACACUAGCGAAAAACAAACAACUUUCAGCAAAACGACGAAAUACUUUUCCGCAAAAUCAAGUGAAUCACUACAAUAUCUAAAUUUCUCAUAAACUUACGAAGCAAACGAUUUUUCUAGAAUCGAGGCCAGCAAGCUUCGAUUAUCACUGAAACCCAAAUACAUAUAACGAAAACAAACUACCGGCCGGCGCAACCUAUAUUUUUCCCAAAUUUUAUGCGCAUCUCCUUAUACCCACAAGUCCUCUGCCCAUCAAUUAUACCUCCAGCCGCACAACUAGAUUUUCCGAAAGAAGCGAUCAUCUCCCGACUUAAUGUAUUAGCGGUCAUCUCUCGUCUCCACAAACACAGCUCUCGUGCAUGCGCGCCUACAAAGGUAGAAAAAUGCAAAUGCCUCUAACGGCGGCGACGGUGUAACGACCUCUAAUGCUUUAAAAGCGCAUUCGUCCUGUGUCGCUGCAUCUCGAGAAAAGUGUCGAAGAAAAAGAGAGGCUCGAGAAAAGAAGAAGAGGAGUAGUAGUAGUAGGCACACAUCACGCAGUCUCUCGACUCCGAGCUCGCGCUGACAAGAAGGGUGUCGGACGGAAUUCCAGAUAAUGCACUUUCGAUGCCAAGAAAAAAAGGCGCGACGCGUCGCGUGAACUUGAACUCUCGAGAGCGGCGCGAGACGCUGUCGAUCAGCGGCAGCUGCAGUUGCAGCAUGGCGAGCUGUAAAGGAAGGAGACACGCGGCUGUUUUCCACGAGUUCGCGGGCGAUACGAGGAAUCGCCGAGCCGCAGGUUUCUCACGUUUUUUCUGCGCUCGACGGAUGGAUCUACGUGAAUCCUGCACGGCGAGACGGGGGGUAAUGCGUUUUAGGAAGUGCAGCUGUGGGAGGGAGACAUUUAAUUUUUAAUUGUCGGCUCGUGCACGACUUGACAGAAGCAUAAUUUCGCGAAGAAAGCUGAAACGAUAGCGCAGUUAAAAAAUAUAACGACUCUCGGAAAGCCUCGCUCCGAUCGCUAGUCACUCCUUAGGAUGAUCCGCUGUCGAAAUCCGGUUUGCGUCGUUAUAAAUCCCCGUCGUAAAAAUAAUAAAGUCAUUCACCGCGCGACGAGCUUCGAUUAUAUACUCGACUAAACGUGAAAUACAAACGUCCUCUCGGCACGCAGCUUCCUCUCUCCUUAUAUGUUCGCCAAGCUCUCGGGCGGCUGUGCCUAUCGCAAACGAGAAAAACGAUACGCGCACUCGCUCGUCGCGUAACAACAAUUACCGGGGGGAGGCGAGUUAUGUCACUCAUUACGCCGCGCGCAAGAGUAAUGCCUACUCGGAAAAAGAAACAAAGAGCGAGAGAGAGGCGCGCUUGACCGCGAUCAUGAAACCGGGCCCGCCCUUGACUCUUACGAAACCAAAACAAACCGUGCCGACGCAUAAUAUGCAUCACCGAGUCGCUCGUUAAUAUCCGAUGUACCGUUCGGACCGAAAAAUUCGGUAUUUCCCACGCGAAGCGCUGCUGCAGUUUUCGGUCCAGCAUCUAGGACUAGGCCAUAAUGUACAUAGGCUAUGGAAUUACGUCUCUCUUUCUCUCGGCGUGGCGGAGAGCUGAAAAAUAUCUUUCAGAAAGGAGAGAAAGAGAGAGAGAGAGAGAGAGAGAGAGAGAGAGAGAGAGAGAGAGAGAGAGAGAAGGAGAGGAGGGAGCGGUACCGUAAACUCACCGGCGAAUCUCCACACACACACGGGGUUAUCGGGCGGGACGCUGCUGCCUCUCAGGUGGGGAUGAGCGCGAGAUACGCGUGCGGUCCCCGGCGGUCAACGCUCCUACCUGCCCUCUCGCGCGCCGGCUCUUAAUGGAUAUAAAGCUCGGCGGACUUUGCCGUGGACGGCAGAACCUCCCGUGACCACCGCGAGAGAGAGACACACAGACACAGACGGACAGAAACGGAGAACAUGAAGAGCAUCGCCAAACUCCUGCUGAUCGCGGCCCUGGCCAUCACCGCCAGGGCACAGAUUCCCAGUCUGGGAUUCUGCCCGGAGUACCUGCCUAUGACCGGCUUCGACAUGGAGCGGUUUUCCGGAAUCUGGUACGAGGCUGAGCGUUACUUCCAACUGACCGAGGUGGCUUCCCGCUGCGUCAUGGCAAACUACACCAAGGGACCCGACGGCAAGUUCCACGUAGUCAACGAAGUCACCAGCCGAUUCACCGGAAUCAAGCGAGUGCUCGAGGGUGAGAUCAGGAAAGCCCCUUCCAAGGCCGAGGAGGGCAAGCUCCACGUGAAGUACACGACGGUGCCGCUCAUUCCCUUGGAGACCCAGUACAACGUGCUCGAGACCGACUACGACACCUACGCCGUGCUGUGGAGCUGUUCCGGCGUCGGCCCAGUCCACACCCAGAACGCUUGGAUCAUGACCAGGCAGCGACUCGCCCCCGGUGAAGUCCUCCAGAAGGCCUACGGAGUCCUCGACAAGUACAAGAUCUCCAAGGUCUUCUUCGUGAAGACGAACCAGGACGACUGCGCCUACCUGGACAGUCUGCAGGCCGAACAGGCUGCCAAGCCCACCGAGCCCCCCAAGAAGAACCAGACUCCUCAGGUCGCCGAGGCCGAGGAAGAGCAAGAAGAGGAAGACCAACCCAAGCCUCUGGCUGGCAAGAGCGCCGAUUUCAGGUCCGAGCACAUCACCCCAGACGCGCCCGAGGCUAUCAUCAAGACCAGGAAGGCUGAAAUCGCCGCCAAGGAGAAGCUUCAGGAGAUCACGGAGCCCAUCGUCGAGGCCGUCGUCGAAGCCGCCGAACCUGCCGCUGCCCCCGAGGAGAAUGCCGUGAAAUCGGUACCCGAGGUGAUCCUCAAGAUCGCCGACCAAGCCAAGGAACUGGCCAAGGAGCCAGCCCAGGAACCGAGCAUCGCCACCCAGGAGGCCGCGAUCACCGAGCCGAUCAAGGAAGAGCCCGCAGCGGCGAUCGCCGACGAGCCCGCAGCUCCCGUCAUCGCCGAAGAACCCAAAGAGGCCGUGCCAGCCAUCCUCGAGGAGGAAAAGAAGCCCGCGCCGGCAGCCAUCAUCGAGGAGGAGAAGAAAAUCGAGCCCGAGCCCGAGAAGAUCAUCGAACCGAUCAUUGAGGAGAAAAUCGAGAUCGUCAAAGCCUAGGAUGCAUAGCUAGACCAGAAGACUUCUAAUCACACGCCUACACACGUCCAUAGAUAGAGAAACUCACUCACACAAAAGGAAACCCAUAAGAGAGCUGCGAUACUAUGCGCGUAACGCCUAUACACUUCGAAUCCUCAUCUACGUUUAACGAACGGAUUGCUUAAUUAUUAUUAUUAAUUAUUUAUAUACGUCAGACCCCGGGCUCGUAGCGGUUGGCCGAAGCGGUGCGCCGAGACAGAUGACCGCAAGACGCGCGUGCGGACACACACACACACACACGAUACACACCGCGGUUGGCCGCCAGUCUCGCUCGGGGUCGCCCUUAUUAUUUCUUCCCCCUUUCCCCUCGCCCCUCUAUCCUUCGUCCUCGUUUAUCCCAAUUAUUUAUUUAUUGUUUCGAGCAAAAAAAAAUGUCGAAAUAAAAACAAAACAAAUGAAUUGUACCCGAUGUGGAGAAAAAAAGUAAAAAAAAAAUGAAAGAAGAUACGAAUAAAUUGUUACGAAAAAACCCUUUUUUAAAAAAUAA